AUGGCUACAAUGGAAGACAUUUUAGCUACUCAGCAGCAAAUCAUUGAAGGCGUAGAUAGGCUUUACACCAACUUCAAGAAAAAUGGAGCAGAGAGGAAGACCCCCGACUACCUACGUCGACGAUUAGAAAGCAUAGAACAAUAUUUUACCGAGUUUCACAAUAACCACAUGAAUUUGUUGUCGUUUGGUGAUCGAUCUCAUGCGUAUUUCACUACCGAUCAGUACGAACAGAUGAAAGUGAAAUAUAACAAUAUUAAAACAGCCUUUCAGAAUUAUAAACCUUCCGCAGACAGACCUCAAACCCCUGUUUUGAAACCCCCUACUUUUCAGCCAUCUUCAACCUCUCAAACCCCGAACCCCUUAACUCAAAAUAAUCCUCCGAAAGAUAACUUAAAUAUAGAAGAUUUGUUAAAGAAACAAGCAACGAACUUUAGGGCAUUUUCAAGAGAAGCUGGUGACAUAGAUCUCAACCUCAUCUCUGAAAAGUGGGAGUUUGAAGAUAUCCUAAAAACCUUAAAAACUCGUUGGACAGCUAUAGACACCCUACACUGGGAACUGGACAACGAGCUCAACGGCUCUAACGCACAGUACGAAGAGCAAUUCUCUAACUACGAGAAAUAUUAUAAAACACUGAAAAGGGAAAUUAACCGAAAGAUGUGGUCGGUAGCUCAUAUUGAGAAAUCGACUCCAAAAAUGGAAAUAACUACCUUUGAAGGGAACUAUACCACCUGGAUCUCUUUUAAAGAUCUUUUUACGGAAACUAUACAUAAUAAUCCUUCCUUAUCAAGCGCCCAAAAAAUGCAGUUUCUGAAAAGUAAGAUCAAAGGCGAGCCGGAGAAAUUAAUUCAACAUCUUCAAAUAAGUUCAGAUAACUACCUCGUCUCUUGGAAUAUUUUGACACAUCGCUACGACAAUAAGCGUCGUAUUUUUAUAUCGCAUCUCAAAAACCUUCUAAAUAUUCCGACAUCUCAGCAAAAAUCAGUAAGUUAUCUGAAGCGGAUCCACGAAACAACAUACGAAAGCGUGAACGCUAUAAGAAAUCUCGGAAUAGAUGUAUCUACGUGGGAUCCAUUCCUUGUAUGUAUCCUAGCGGAUAAAUUAGACCCUGAAACCAAUGACGACUACAUAGAUUCAUUGAAAUCCCCAAAGGAAUUGCCAGUAUUGGAAGAAUUUCUCCUGUUUUUGGAGAAUAAGUUUACGUCACUGGAAACUUCACGGAAGAAACAAGAACCGUUUAUGCAAAAGGCGUCUUAUCAACCCCAACACGCAUCUUCAUCGUCAUUCAAAGGCUAUCUCAAUUACCAACAAUCUAAUUCAAAAGGAGUUAAUUUUCGUUCCAAACAUAAUAACAAUACCUCAAAUCAUACCUAUUCAACAAACCAGGUCAUUUCGCAAUCGGCAAAGUCCAAUUGGAAAAACUACGAAAGACGUAAGCCAUGUGCUAUUUGCAAUGCAAGCGAUCACCGCAUUUAUAAUUGCCAAAGGUUGGCAAAAAUGCAUCCGACGGCUCGUAGAAACGCAAUUGCAAAUUUAAACCUUUGCAUCAACUGUCUGCACUAUCACGAAGGUAGAAAAUGCCUUUCGGAGUUAAAGUGUAAGGAGUGCAAUAAAGAGCACAAUACGAUUCUACACGACUGUUUUACGUCAAGAAAUGCUACAUCGGAUGCGUCGCGAUUGGGGCCGAACACAGCCACUAUUACGAAAUUGCAACCUCAACAAGAUAUAAACACCUUAGUAUCUAUGCAAAAUGAUCCUACGGAAAUACUCCUCGCGACAGCAAUUAUCAAGGUGCAAGCAGCUGACGGAUCUUACGAAAAAAUGAGAGCUCUUCUAGAUCAGGGAUCUCAGGUCUCAAUCAUCACAGAACGGGCCGCACAGCUUUUGAAGUUGCGUCGUCAAAAAUGUACUGGACUUAUCUCUGGAAUUGGAAACAAUGAAAAUAGCUGUAAGGGCAUGAUGACUAUUAAGUGCAUGUCGUUAAUUAAUGACUUCACUUUCGAAAGUGACGCAUUUAUAAUGAAAAGACUAGUCAAGAAUUUACCUAGUCAUACCUACACCAAACCUAACUGGCCAAUACUUAAUCAAAUAACCCUAGCUGAUCCAGAAUUUUACAAAAGUAAGCCAGUUGACAUCUUAUUAGGCGCUGAUGUUUAUUCCCAAAUCCUUUUGGAUGGUGUCUGCCGUUCUGAGGGAACGCUACCCAUUGCCCAACAGACACAGCUGGGAUGGAUCCUAAGCGGCAACUGUAAAACAUUUCAGUGCAAUAUGAUCCUAAACAAUCUCACCGAUAUCCAACAGUUCUGGGAAAUGGAGGAUAUUCGCGAAACCUCAUCAAUAUCGCAAGAGGAUCAGGCUUGCAUCGACUUCUUUCAAUGUUCCACCUCAAGGCGCGAAGACGGCAGUUACGUCGUGAAAAUACCCUUUAAAGAAAAUUUUGAAGAGAAGUUAGGUGAAUCUAAAAAUAAAUCCAUUGCGCAAUUCUUUCAAAUAGAAAGAAAACUAAUUAAACAACCCGAAUUGGCGCGUGAUUACAAGUUGUUCAUGUCCGAGUAUUUAGAGCUCGGUCAUAUGAUCCCCGCUACGACACAGGUCAACGUAAACAAAGAUUGCUACCUUUCGCAUCAUGGUGUACUUCGAGCUGAGUCAUCAACUACAAAAUUACGAGUUGUUUUUAAUGCCUCUGCGAAAACCUCUACAGGUCACAGUCUCAACGAUCUUAUGUGCAGGGGGCCGAAUCUGCAGCAAGAUCUCUUAAAUCUCAUCCUGAAAUGGAGAAAGUUUAAAUAUGCAUUUACGGCCGAUAUUGAAAAAAUGUUUCGUAAUAUUUGGAUACAUCCUGACUAUCAAAAGUACCAGAAAAUUAUUUGGCGAAAUCAUCAAUCCGAGCCUUUGCGAGAAUAUCAGCUAGCGACUGUCACCUACGGUACAAAGGCCGCACCUUUCCUGGCCAUGAUGACACUUAAACAACUUGCCAUCGAUGAAAGGCCAAACUAUCCUAAUAGUUGUGCUCCUGAUAUCUUAGAAACCUCUCUGUAUAUGGACGAUCUCCUGCAUGGAGCACAUACUGCGACAGCUGCUAAACAUCUCAAAGCUGAGAUGAUUCAACUUCUAAAGUCAGGCAGAUUCAAUCUUAGAAAAUGGCGCUCUAAUCUGCCAGAACUUUUAGACGAUCAUAUUAAUCCUCAAGACGAAGAAUUUCAUUUUAAACAGCCAGAAUCCACAAAGGCUUUAGGUCUCCGCUGGAACCCAAAAGAAGACUAUUUUACAUUUCAUCCCAUAGAAAUUUCAUCUGAUAACAUCCCAACAAAACGACAAUUCUUGUCUGAAAUCUCAAGAAUUUUUGACCCCUUAGGCUGGGUGUCACCAGUCACGAUAAAAUUCAAAAUCCUAUUUCAAGAGACAUGGAAAACGGAAUUGAGUUGGGAGCAACCAAUUCCACAAGAAACAGCCCUGGAAUGGAAUAAAUUAAAGGCCGACUUACCUUAUAUAUCUCAAUUUAAAAUACCUCGAUGGAUAAAAACCACGGAAAAUGAUAUAAUUGAGCUUCACGGAUUUUGCGAUGCCAGCACAAAAGCAUACGCUUGUGUUGUUUAUUGUAAAAUUACACGAAACCACAAGACACACGUAACCCUUAUUGCUGGAAAAUCUAAAGUGGUACCUCUGAAAAAAUCUCAAUCUAUACCCCGCUUAGAGCUUAGUGGAGCUCUUUUACUAUCAAAACUUAUGGCCAAAAUAAUCUCAUCCUUAUCUGAUCUCAAAAUCCAAGUUUACGGCUGGGUAGAUUCCAUGGCAGUACUAGGAUGGAUAAAUGGAGAACCAGAAAAAUGGAAACCCUUUGUUGCCAAUCGAGUGAAAAUAAUUUGCGAAACUAUCCCAAAAGACAAAUGGCGGUAUGUGAAAUCCCAAGAAAAUCCCGCAGAUUGCGCAAGCCGCAGUCUGACUGCAUCCCAAUUAGCAAAUCAUUCACUUUGGUGGCAUGGACCCGAUUGGUUACCUCAAUACAAUUCCGAAAAGAAUCCUGAACCUAUCUCGUAUCAAACGACUGAAGAUCUCAGAAAGAAACAUUUAGUAAACACUAUUACUGCUGAUUCUAACAAUUCAGUUAUAAAACAAUUAUUGCAGAAGUACAGUAGUUACAAGAAAAUCAUUCGAGUUUUAGCUUAUGUAAACAAAUUCAAUGACAUAUUGAUUUACAAGAAGAAGCGUGAAAACUACCUUACCUUAUAUGACCUCAAACGAGCGACUGAAAUGAUAAUAAAACAUGUGCAACAAGAACACUUUUUCAAAGAAAUAUCUCAACUUGAAAAAGGUGAACCUUUAAGCAAAAAAAGCCAGAUAUUGAAUCUCAAUCCUAUCUUGGACAGCCACGGAGUACUUCGCGUUGGUGGACGAAUAAAACAUUCAAGUUUAGACCCCGAAAUGAAACAUCCCAUUAUUAUCCCAAGUCAAACUAAAUUAGCUGAUCUCAUAAUAGACGAAUCCCAUAAGUUAGUAUUUCAUGGUGGAUUGAAAAUGACAAGCGGAUUCAUCAGACAGAAAUAUUGGAUAAUUGGAGGGAAUCGUGCUACAAAAAGGCGAUUAAGAACAUGCGUAAAGUGUAGGAGACAUGAUCCCAUUCUGAAACAUCAACUCAUGGGGGACUUACCUGCAUCCAGGUUGAAUCCUAGUCGACCCUUUUAUCAUACCGGUAUUGACUAUACGGGGCACGUUCUAGUAAAAGUGAACAAAGGUCGUGGCAUCAAAACUGAUAAAGGAUACGUGGCAGUAUUUAUAUGUAUGGUUACAAAGGCCAUACAUUUAGAACUUGUAUCUGAUCUCACAGCGUCGGCUUUCAUUGCAGCGCUCAGGCGUAUGUCAGCCAGAAGAGGAGUUCCCGGGCACAUCUACAGUGAUCAAGGGACUAACUUCAUUGGAGCCAACAAAAUCCUAAAACAAGAAUACGCAGAAAUCUCAGAAAUUUUAUCAAGUCAAGAAACUUUGUCGAACGUUGCAGAAAUGAACAUUGAGUGGCAUUUUAAUGCUCCGUCAUGGCCUUCCGCUGGCGGGCUUUGGGAAGCCGCGGUGAAAAGUUUAAAACAUCAUCUUAGGCGUGUUGUUGGGGAGCAAAAACUCACCUUCGAAGAGUAUAGUACGCUCUUAUCUCAACUCGAGGGCUGCCUAAACUCUCGACCACUUUGUCCUUUGAGGGAGGAUGCUGAAGACAUAGACUUUUUAACCCCGGCACACUUCCUCGCAAGUGGGCCCACCUUAACAAUCUUUGAAACUGAAAAUGAUCUUAGAACUCGGUGGCACAUGGUACAAAAAAUCUAUAAAGAUAUCUGGGUCCAGUGGAAGAACGAAUAUCUCACGCAGCUAUCCACUAGAUCUAAAUGGCGGCAAUCUCAGAAAAAUCUCAGUCUCAACGAUAUUGUUAUCAUCAAAGAUGAAAACCUCCCGCCUGGGAAGUGGGCUCUAGGGCGGGUAGUUGAACUUCAUCCUGGUUCAGACGGACACGUCAGAGUUGUUACCCUUAAAACCAAAAAUGGUUUAAUAAAGCGGCCUGUUGUUAAACUAUGUAUAUUACCAGCUGACAGAGACAGUAAUCCUAUUAGUGAUACGAAGAUUAAGGAUGAGGAACCAAGGCAGAAAAGUACAAAACGGAUCUCAUUCUCGACUAUAGCUCUAUCACUAACGCUAUUCUUCUUGGCACUAAUAAAUGUAUCUCAAGCAACUUAUAGUUUCACCCCUUUGAGCAACAACAGCGUUUAUUUCGAUAAAAUCUCAAAUAUGCAUCUAAUACGAGACGAUUGGCAUUUAAUUGUUUAUUAUGACACAUAUCCCUACAAAGAAGGCACGUCAGCACUCGAGAAGUAUAUUACCUAUCUUGACACCUUAUGCUCCACUAUCAAAGAACACACACCUUGCGACGGUAUCAUCUUACAACUCAGGCACGAGUUCGAUGAAAUUAAACACUAUGAUAGUAUGUUGACAAUGAAUGAAUCAUUUGUAACUGGAGACGAGCGGCGGCGCCGGCGUCGCGGAUUAAUAGACGGAGUAGGCUACGUCGCUAAUAGCUUGUUUGGCGUGCUAGAUCAGCGUUUUGCGGAGAAAUACGCACAAGAUAUCGACCUUCUGAAGGAAAAUGAUAAACAUUUGUACAACCUCUGGAAAAACCAAACCUCAAUCGUAGAAGCUGAAUUUAAUCUGAUGAAAAGAAUGGAAAAAGCUGCGAGCAAACAUCACAAAUCAAUAAAUCAAAAGUUUAUUUAUCUCAAAGAAUCCUAUCAAGAUCUUCAUCGCCACGUCCAAAACAUGACUCUAGUUACCGACUUCUUAGCAUCCGCCAUGACGGCGAAUAAUUUACUGUAUAGCCUUAGGAAAAUACAAGACUCCAUUCUUGAUACGGUAACUAAUAUUUAUAAUGGAAAAUUGGACUUCCAUUUGAUAUCUCCUAAACAGCUGAAGACGGAAUUAAGUUCUAUAGCAGCACAUAUCCCUAAAGACAUGGCACUUCCUGUCAACCAUUUGAAUCUCAAAGAUCUCUACAACUUAAUAAAAGUGCGGACUAAAUACUAUAGAGGUCAGCAUGUCGAGAGUCUCCGGAGCCUGCUGGAGAGGCAUCUACUUCGAUCCCCUCAUAUCCCAGAAAUGUGA